AUGGCGAUGGCGAUGCAUAGCCCGCAGAUGGCCCAGUCGGUGUUUCCCAAGAGCCACGUCGGCUUCGACAGCAUCACCACGCAGAUUGAGAAGAAGCUGUUGAAGCGCGGCUUUCAGUUCAACGUCAUCUGUGUCGGCCAGACCGGUCUCGGCAAGUCAACCCUGAUCAACACAAUCUUCGCCUCCCACCUCGUCGAGAGCAAGGGUCGCCUCGCACCCAACGAAGGCAUCCGCAGCACCACCGAGAUCCACCCCAUCACCCACACCAUCGAGGAGAAUGGCGUGCGUCUGCGCCUGAACAUUGUUGACACCCCUGGCUACGGUGAUCUCGUGAACAACGACCGCUGCUGGGACCCAAUCGUCAAGUACAUCAAGGACCAGCACAGCGCAUACCUCCGCAAAGAGUUGACUGCUCAGCGUGAGCGCUACAUCCAAGAUACCCGCAUCCACUGCUGCUUGUACUUUAUUGCACCCACGGGCCAUGCUUUGAAGCCAAUCGAUAUCGUGGUGCUGAAGAAGCUGAGCGAGACCGUCAAUGUCGUACCGGUCAUCGCCAAGGCCGACAGCUUGACUCUGGAGGAGAGGCAGCUGUUCAAGGAUCGCAUCAAGGAGGAGUUUGCCUUCCACAACAUCAGGAUGUACCCGUACGAGAAUGAAGAGUAUGAUAGCGAGGAGGCGGCCAUGAACAGUCAGAUCAAGUCCAUCAUCCCUUUCGCCGUAGUCGGCUCCGAGCGCAACAUCAACGUAAACGGCAAGACCGUCCGUGGCCGUCAAAACCGCUGGGGCACCAUCAAUGUUGAAGACGAACGCCACUGCGAAUUCGUGUAUCUCCGGGACUUCCUCACCCGUACUCAUCUCCAGGACUUGAUCGAAACCACCUCCCAGAUCCAUUACGAGAGCUUCCGCGCCAAGCAGCUUCUGGCCCUCAAGGAGAGCUCCGCCCAAAUGGGCCAAGGCAGCCGACCAAUCAGCCCGAGCGCCGACCGCGAGCUGAGCAGACAGAGCCAGAGGAUGACGAUGAACGGGUAUUAA